AUGGACACCCCGAAGAGGGCCAAGUCAGAGGGCAUCAAAGAGGCAGCGGCACCCCACCCCCGUCCACCAAGGCCUGAUGAGCCAGCCACAUCGAAGGCGGCGGCGACGAGGAGACCCCCCCCUAAGGCAUCUGCUGGCACACUCAGCGUGUCGAAGGCGGGUGACAAGGGUGAGAAGCAGCCACCCUCCACUUCCACGGCUCCUCUCACGGGCACCUCCUACGCGGAGGCCGCCAAGAGAGUCAGAGUUGCGGUACUACCUGAGGACUACCCGCAGGUCUACCUGAGCAACGAAGAGCUUGCCGAGCUGGAGGAGGCCAUAAUGGACGAUGUAGUCACGUCUGAAUGGGACUCAGCAGUCGCCUUCAGAGGUAUCCACUUUAGGGUCGGAUACCUCCUGAUAGACUGCUUGGACCAGGAUUCAGCGGACUGGCUGAGGACUGUGACGCCUCAGCUAAGGACUUGGAAGGGCGUGCCCCUUGACACUAGGGUAGGGGAAGACAUUCCUGCGGCAUACAAUGUCACAGUCUUCUGCCCUAGAAGCGCAGAAAGAAGCGAUGAGGAGCUUCUGAUGAUGCUGGGACGCCAGAAUAGAAUGGAGGUCGAUUCCUGGAAGGUGAUCUCCCGAAGGAACGACGGAGGCGGGGCACUCCUCGUUAUUGGGAUAGACCAACUCACCCGAGAUGAGAUCGUCUCUAAAGGGCACCAGCUGAACUUUAGAUUCGGGACCGUCUCGCCACAAGAGCCAUUGGGUGCAAAGGAGGAAGCUAUCGCCGAUAUGGACGUGGAGAGUGAGGACGAACAUCUCUCACACUCCCAGGAGGUGGCACAAGAGCCCCUCCUAGAAGAUAUCGACGAGAAGGAGGCCGACGUGGCAGUACAACCCGUUCGGGGUUUGGCCGACCUCAGCGUCUCCCCCGAGGCGCCUCUGCUCUUCGCGCGCCUCCUCCAAUCGGAUAUACUCAGUGCAGUUAGGUUCUCCUCCACUUGGCCCUUCCAUAGGAGCUUUGGUCGUCUCCUUCGUCGUCGGCCGUAG